UUUUUUUUUUAAUCUGUGUUGGGAGCUUUUUUUUUGAGGGGGGUCGUUGGAGGGAGGAGGAGGAAACCACUUAACAGCUUAACAUUUUGGAGAGGUUAUUCCUAAUAAUCUUCUCUCUGACAGUUGGGAAUGGUCAGGGCCACCGGGAUGACGCGCUGUAGCCAGUGUGGGCAGCCUGGAGUUGCAUGUCGGUGGCCCCAGUACAGCUGGGGUCCGAAAACUACCUAAAGGCAGCUUUGGUCUCUGAGUGCCCCCGUCCCGGUUAGGGGCUCCGGGCCGUCGGGCGAGUCCCCGCCGCCGCGCUCGGCCCCCAGCAUGGAUUUUCCGCAUGAAGUUGCCUGCGCGUCACAAGAGCGAAAUGUCAGAGAUUAAGAAUGACCCAAAAGAAAUCACAGCUUUGUUCCAGAGCCAAUGUUUAUACUCAAGUGCCUGAUGGAGGAUGGGGCUGGGUAGUUGCAGUUUCUUUUUUCUUCGUGGAAGUUUUCACCUACGGAAUCAUCAAGUCAUUUGGUGUCUUCUUUAAUGACUUAAUGGACAGUUUUGAUGAGUCGAAUAGCAGGAUUUCAUGGAUAAUUUCAAUUUGUGUGUUUGUCUUAACAUUCACAGCUCCCCUCUCCACGGUCCUGAGCACCCGUUUUGGACACCGUCUGGUGGUGAUGGCCGGAGGGCUGCUGGUUAGCACGGGAAUGGUGACAGCUUCCUUUUCACAGAAAGUUUACCACAUGUACCUUGCCAUUGGCAUCAUCUCUGGUCUGGGAUACUGCUUUAGUUUUCUCCCAACUGUCACCAUACUGUCACAGUACUUUGACAAAAGACGCUCCGUGGUCACAGCUGUUGCUUCUACGGGAGAAUGUUUCGCUAUGUUUGCUUUUGCACCCGCCAUCACGGCCCUGAAGGAGACCAUCGGCUGGAGGUACAGCCUCCUCUUCGUGGGCCUCCUGCAGUUAAACAUCAUCGUCUGCGGCGCGAUGCUGAGACCCAUCGUCAUCAGCGGGCCGGGGACGCCCAAAGCCACCACCCACGAAAAUCGGAGAGAAGUGCAAUACAUGCUUGAGAACGAGAAAACGCGCACCUCCAUCGAUUCCAUUGACUCAGGAGUAGAACUCACUACCUCACCUAGAAACGUGCCUAGCCACCCGGGCGUGGAGCCGGAGCCCAAGGCCGACCUGCAGCAGAUCCUGGGCAAGCCCAGCUCCAAGCAGAGCGACCAGAAGCCCCCGCUGCUGGACUUCUCCGUCUUGAGAGAGAAGAGUUUUAUCUGUUAUGCAUUCUUCGGUCUCUUUGUCACCCUGGGAUUCUUUGCACCAUCCUUGUACAUCAUCCCCUUGGGCCUCAGCCUGGGCAUCGACCAGGACCGCUCGGCUUUUUUAUUAUCCACGAUGGCCAUCGCUGAGGUGUUUGGGAGGAUUGGCGCCGGCUUGGUCCUGAACAGAGAGCCCAUCCGUAAGAUCUACAUCGAACUCGUCUGCGUCAUCUUAUUGACGGUGUCUCUGUUUGCCUUUACUUUUGCGACGGACUUCUGGGGUCUCAUGUCCUGUAGCAUAUUUUUUGGUGCUAUGGUUGGGACGGUCGGGGGAACCCACAUUCCGCUGCUCGCCGAAGAUGACGUCGUGGGAAUUGAGAAGAUGUCCUCAGCAGCCGGGGUCUACGUCUUCUUCCAGAGCGUGGCGGGACUGGCUGGACCACCCCUGGCAGGUCUGCUCGUGGACCAGAGCAAGAUCUACAGCCGCGCCUUCUACUCCUGCGCGGCGGGGAUGUUCCUGGCCGCCCUGUGCCUGGCGCUUGUGAGACCCUGUAAGAGGGGGCUGUGCCAGCGGCCCCGCGCCCACGAGGGGACGGCGGAGACUCAUCGCGGGAAAGCUUUACAAGACAUCCCCGAAGACUUUCUGGAAAUGGACCUGGGGAAGCACGAGCAUAAAGGUCAUCUGAAAACGGAGCCAGUAUGACCCGCUGGCUGGCGUACACAUCAGCCGCCCCCGGCGGGGGCGCGGGAGGGGAGGGGGACCGGGGACCUGGCGGUGGAGGCUGACCACUCUACCCGCUUUCCAAACUACACUUUCAAGGGAAUGUAUACGCGAACACCACUACCAACAUCCUUUUUUUUUUUUUUCCUUUUAGGUUUUCCUUUUUCGCUUGUUUUUUUUUUUUUUUUUUAAGCCAAAACAAAAAUAACCCAAGAAGCCUUUGGGUAUAUCCGCCUGGCUGUAUUCAGUAGCAAUACCCAGAUACACAGAAGGACUCUGAUUCACGUUCCGGUUUUCACAUAGUGACAUGAAUUGGCAAAGUGGUUUUCAGAGCUCUCGCAUGUGAUAAACUAUCUUAGCAAAAUCUGGCCCAGCCCGUGGACAUGAGAUUGGCCAUUCAAAAAUAAUAAUAAUAAUAAUAAUCAUUUUUAAAAUUCCUGUUUUCAGAAAUCUGAACAAAUUGUUUAAAAGCCUUUGAAAAAUAUUGAGGUUUCCAUGAACAAAUUAGGGCCUCUGCAUUUUCCAAAGAGUCCAUGGAAUUGAAGCCCCGUGUAAGACCAAGCAUUUGGCUAAUUAACAGAAAUUUUUAAAAAUACAUAACUUGAACUUCAUCAAUGUGGAAGUUACCACUUCCUUCUAUGGCCAGUCAUUACCAGAAGUAUUUCCAUACAGAAUAUACGGCAUGGCAUUCAAAAACGUGUUUCCUGUUGCUUUUAAUUAUGCAGAAAUAUGUGAUUGUAGUGUCUUUAAUUUAAACCACUAUUUAUUAUUAAGUUAUUCUAAGAUGAUUAAAGUAAUCGAAAGCAAGAAAAUCUGAGACAGACGCAGAAUUUUUACCUCCUUUCUGCCGUCCUUUCAAUGCCUCAACGAAUACUUCUUAACUUGUAACGUCACUCUCAUAAAAGGCCAAGUUGUAAGGAUUCUUCAGUUUGAUUAAAGGCAACGCGUGAGAUUCAAAGGGGGGAGAACAAUGAGGAGCAAAUCGCCUUAGCUUUUUUUAAAUGAUUUGUUUUAUCACCUAAGAAUACUUGAGGAUCUUCUUUGAUCAGAAUUACAUUUCAUUGAAUUGUUGGCGCAUUUCUGAUUUUUUUUUAAAUCUGUUGAAGCAUUUCUGUAUUUCACAGAGAGUGGGAGAGACAUGUAUUUUACCAUCACGAUUACAUCGUAUAUAAACUUUGAUUGUGCUACGUUGCCAGAGGUAUCAGGUUAACUGGUCACUGUUUUGGGUUUUUUUGUUUUUUUGUUUUUUUUCAGAGUUACACUACAUGUAGAGUAUUUCUCAUGUGCGCAUUUUUCUGUAGAAGGGCAAGUGUGAGGCUCACAGGUGGGCUACGUACUCAUACGUCCUGAAUCUCACUCUACAUACAGGUGAUGGAUGGGUCCGUACCACUGCUCCAUCUUUAUUCAUCAUUUUACUGUUCAUUUAUGACAACUCAGGGGGAACAAACAUAUAUAACAAGCCUAGUUUGGUUACAGGUACACACAAGCUUGAAUAUUUCUCUGCACUGAAAUGAAAGUGGCAUAGUUCAUCACCCCUUGCUACAUUUUGUAUCGCAUUUGAUCAGCCAUAGAAAUAGGACAAUCUGUAAAGCUUUCGGGAGGGCGGAGGGAGGUAAUGACAAAGUGUCCGUCAAACAGACACACCGAAAACGAGGUGGAUGUAGCACAUCUCUGUCACUGCCAGAGAAGGACUUGGAGCUUGUGGCACUUUUGUAGACUUCAUGACUUCAGCACUUUACAACAUUUUUUACUAUGAAUGUUCAAUACCGUUUAAUAUUUAUAACUGGUCUCUGAGCGAUCUGCUCAACGUCCAUUCUGUUAGAUGCAUGAAAAAGAUAUGUAUGCCAAUUUCAGUAUGUCAGUAAUCGAGGUUUUAAAUGUUUGGAAGAAAAUGAAAACAGGAUUGCUGAUUUGUUCUGUAUUCUGUGACAUUCUGGUACUUCUAGAUUUGCAAUAAAUGUAUGGCUUUUUUAUUUAAA